CAGUCCCGCUUUGGUUCGCGUGGUCGCACCGCCGUUGGUGCUCCCACCGACUGCUCCGGCCGCUCGCUGCGUCUUCCGAGAGCGGCCAGCGAGCAGUUGACUCGCCGGACGGCCAGCUGGCGUGUCGCGCGCACCGCGCUCUUCGGUUGCCGCUUUGCUCCCGUUGUCCACGCAGCACACGGCGUGCGCCUCGACACUCUUUUUCAAGACCACAGGCGGCCGUGCGCGUGCGGUCGCUCGGUGGUGACCGCGGCGUGUGUGUGCGUUUGCCCAUUGCGGUGUGCGGCCAGCUGAGCGGUGUGCCUCUGACCGCGUGACUCGGUUUCGUGUGCCAUGAGCUUCGGCCCGACUGGUGGUUUUCGCGUGCUGUCGCUCUUGUCCCCCGGAAUUUGACGCUGCCGCCACAUCGUUCGUGUGUGUCAUCGCCGAAGUUCGAGUGUUUUGCUGAAAAAGAAAAAAAAAGAAAGAGAGAAAAAGAAAUGAUGCAGUGUACUCGCCGUGUUGCCGUAGCCGUGCUGCUUGUGGUGGUCGCGUGGACCUCGGGAUACGCCGCCGGCUCGGCUGUUGAAGGUGAGUUGGGCUAUCUCUUCCCUGGCUACCUGGAGCCACAAGAAAACCUGAUCAUGGUCGAUGAGCGCGGAGGAGGACCGAUAAGGACAGUUCAAUAUGACGUCACCUGCUCGAGCACGGAGAUGAAAGUGGUCGUGUUCAUCAACGACUCGGCCUCUGACACAUACCUCGAGAAGCUCAAGACCUACGCGGGUUGUCAACCACAAGUGACGCCCGGAAAGGCCACUUUCGUUUUGCCGCUGGACAACAUCUACGCUUGCGGAACGACAAGAAUGCACAACAAGCUCACGGGCCAAUGGAUCUACUACCACCGUAUCAUGGUUGAGACGCCCGGCGAGGAGACGCAAGUCAUUCUGGCCAAGUGUGUCCUGCCAGGGGGCUUCAACCAAAGCAUCACGUCUCGCGGACGCGCUCGUCGGGAGUCGCUUCCCUUCGACCUCGUGGAGCCCGAGCACCUGAACAUCACCGAGUACAUCGAGGCCCGGGCGCCCGUGCCCUACCUCGACGUGGCGAUACGACAGAACGGCCGCGUGCUCGACACCACCCUCAACGUUCAGCCCGGGACGCCGCUGGAGAUGCUUAUAUUCCUCGACCCCAAGAGCAGAGGCACCUAUGGCAUCCUGACCAGUUACCUGAAAGUCACAGACAGCGCCAACAAGCAGGAAGAAGUGAUCGUUAUGAAUGGGUGCUCCAUCGACCCAUACAUUUUUGGCAAUUUUGAGACUCUCGACAGUGGUGACACGCUUUCAGCCAAGUUCCGGGCCUUCAAGUUCCCCGAGUCGAACUACGUGCUCUUUGUUGGCACCGUCAACGUGUGCAUCAAGGAAUGCAAAGGCGUUCCGUGCGGCAACGACCAGUACGGCUACGGUCGAAGGAGACGCUCCAUCCCUCCGGAGAUUCCGAACGACCCCAACAAAGUGUUUGAAGUAGAACUCACCACGUUUCUGAAGGUUCAGUACCGAGACGACCUGUUCACGCUCAAGAAAGGGUCCAUAUCGGGCGAGUUCGACGCUAGGACCGCCAACCAGCUGCCGCUGAAGCAGGCCGUGGACGGAGACACGUCCUUCCUGGACCGCUCUGCCGCCGGGCCGCCGGCGCUGCUGGCCGCUGGUCGCUGCUUCUCCUGCACGCUUCCUCUGCUUGGCCUGGUUCUUGGGGCUGCUUACACUCGGGCGACGCUUAGGCUUUCCUUCUGAUCACGCACGCCCGAUUCGAUGUCCCUCUUUUCUGCCGAAGCUGCGCUUCGAGCCACCGAUCUUUGUUUUCGGUGGCUCCCGGCGCAUCCAGAGAAAUCCUGUUCCUGAGGGAGCUUGCACGUGCUGACCGUUUCUGAGAGUAGAGAGGAUGAAAGCGUGAACUCUGAAAGUGAUGCUGUUACACGGGCUAGUUGAUUGCUACGUUCUCAAUUAAUGGUACUAGCGCAAUAUAAACGUGACACCAUGAUCUAGACACUGCGAACGCUGGUGGUGUUGUUCGUUCGUGUUGUCUGCAUCUUUUCGUCCGCUUUAUAUCGCGCUAGUAAUAUGAAUCAUGUACUCUGAUGGUAAAUCCUGCUCCCAGUCAUGUAGGUGUGCAUGUAGGAUCCCAGCAUUUCUCACAGGUCACUGUUUUGAAAUACGUGACAGAAAGGCAUGUCAGUGCGGCUAGCAUCAACUACUCUUGUAACUAGCACCAGGUUACGAAAAUUUCUUUUAAUUGGACCUGUUGUCAGGUCUGCGUAUCAAAAAGAAGCCGUGGAAACAACAACAAUAAAAAAUGACAAUGAAAGGAUUUGAUGAACGAUGCCCCUCUGGCGCUAAUGCUGAAAAAGCUGCGCAGUAAAGGUUUUCAAUCACCGAGCAGAGAAAUAGCAAACCCAUCCAAUUAGGUUGUACUACAGCUCUCCGAGAAGCCAGGAGAAAAAAAUCAUUGUGCCGCAUUAAUUCGGCACCCAACGUCUUACAUAAUUCGCGGCGCAUGACGAAAUAUCAGGAAUGUCACAUGCUCAAUUUAUCAGUUUAGUGUUGGAACCGUCAGCGAGAUACUCGCGAUGGAUUAUAAAAUUCCGUUAAAUAAUUUUCUACUUAUAAUGAACGUGUCAAAGGUUCUUUUACGCAUAGUCAAAUGAGCGAAUAGUUUUUUUCCUCGCUUGAAUUUUUUGCACUGUCAUGGUCAACAAACUCAAGCUUUUGAUUAAGAAAUAGGAGAACGCGGUUCAUGUGAGUGUGCGUGGAAGUGAUUAUGAAGAGCUUUGUUCCCGAAUUGUACUAUUUUGCUUUCAUUCAGCGCGUUACGAUUUUAGUGCGCUGGUCGUUCGUAUAUCUGUCUUGUUUAUACAUGUCCUUUAACGUGGUGAAAAUAUAUCACUGCGUCACAGCGGAGGCAGCUAUAUUGUACUUAUAUGAAGUGUGAGAUUUCUACAAUAAGUGUUCUUGUGCUGUUCUUGCUUAUCAUUCACGUCGCAGCUUUCAUCAUGAAGGACAGUCACCUAGCUCCUUUCGAAAAAAAAAUCACUAAUUCUAUACUGCGGUGAGUAACAGUAAUUCUGUUAUCAGUAUCAACAAAACGUCGACAGACUGAAAACCAAACAUGUUUAGCCGGUCCCCCAUUUCACGAGCGUGAAAAUAAGUAAUUAUAUAUCUGUUGUCGUUUUUGGACGUCUUUAUCCGAAUCAGAUCGUUGAAUUGCCGUAAUUCCACUCCUUGUUACAAAUUUCAUUCUCGACGCCACGAAAAAGAGACAUGUGGGACUUGCUUUCUCAAAACUUUGUAUUGUCACAUAGGUGAAACACUACGGUAAAAACUGAAAGUUGAAGUUGCAGAAUAUUGCGAUUCCGGAGUCACGUUAAAAUAUUUUUUAAGCGAUGCCAUUUUCCAGCGGCAACUGCUCGGCUCAACCGACAUUUAAUUUCCAGUUGAUUGCUGCAGAACAUAAAAUAUACGCCGAAAAGAGAAAUGUUCUAUUAGCCUGCCACUUUCCUUCACUACCGCAUGUGCGCGUUCAGUUGUCUUCAAAGAAAACGCAACUUUUUUUCCAGUUACCAAUGUUAACUCGUGUAACUGCCGACAAGACUGCGUAUUUUCAUGGCCAUUUAACCUAUGAUGCUCUACACUCAGACCUUGUCGGGUAUGCUUUGAAUAUCAGGGACACUGCUAGGCGUGGACAGCUGGGCUAGUUGGUUGUGAAUUGCAUUAGGAAACAUCGUUCCAGCACAAUAAAAAAAAGCAACGACGAGCAGCAAGGGACAAGAAGAACACCGAACUUCAACUUGAAGUUAUGAUCUUCCUAUUGUCCCUCUCUGCUCGUCCUUGUUUUGUUUGCGCUGGAAUGAUGUUUCGUAAUAAGAAUAUCAGGGAAUCGAAUCGAUUCAUUUGGGCUGGUAGACAUUUUUCAGGGAGCAUGGUUCUCAAUGCGCUGAUUGAUUGGCUGUCAUCUGCUAUAUUGUUCAAGUUCGAGGCACCUUUCAUGUUGCUGCUAUGAUACCAGUUAAGCACGCGUUGGCUUAAAGAAAUUUAAUUUGGAACGCAUAAAGUAAAUGAGGUAAAUUUGAUGAACAUGGUACCCAUGAACAGAUCGAAGGCGUGCACUUCCUUCGUCAAGUUAUUUGACUAUAUAAGUUCUUGGUUUCCAUGGAUGCGAAAUAUAAAAAGGUCCAUGUACCAUGCAUUGGAUACACAUUGAAGACCCCCAGGUCGACGAAAUUAAUCCGAAGGCCCCCGCUACGGAGUGCAUCAUAAUCACAUCGUGGUUUGGGCGCGUCUAAUUCGAGAAAUGAAUCUCUUGGGGAACUAUCUUACUUGACUAUCUCUUGGGAAAUAUUCACUGAUGACCAAAUUAAGUCCACCGUGUUGCCAGGACGGUACCAUUCCAGCAGUUCACAAGCGUUUCAUAGGACGUGCACAGGACCAAUCAUGAUAGCAAUCGUAAUAUACCGUUAAAGAAGAUGAGAACUUGUUAUUUGACCUCUUACAAUGUAUUCACAAAGCUGGUCGUGUUCUAUAAUGGAAACUGGCCAUUGACAGACAGUUCUUAUGAAGUGAACGCUUUGUGAAUUCGUCCCUUUGAUUCUGUUCAGAUGCACUUCAUGGUCUCAAUCACUCUUGUUCCAUACCUCUAAAGUUCAGCUCGGCUUCACCACGCUAUCCUGUCACGUGACACACAAAACAACAUUACUUUUGGUUGUUUCUGCGUAUUUUCGUCUAAAAGACAAAAUAAUAUGCGUCCCCGUCUCUGUACAAACUGUUGGCGAGAUCUUGUACAGUUUUUUAAAACAAACGAGGCAUGAGCUGGAAAACAUUGACUAUCACUCAUCGCGUUGAAAAGCAGUUAUCGCUUUUCAUUGGGUUUGGUAUUUUUGAACAGACGUGAAAUUUAUGGUACGACGUAAAACAUGUUGUCAAGAACGUGUUUAUUUAGUUUGUAUGCCGCUUUCUUGUGCAUUCUUUGUAGUUUCCACCAGAACUUAUUAGGCACUAAAUGCGCACUAUGAAGUGAGCCGAAGUCUGCUCAGAGUUGUUACGAAGGGUUUGUUAAAGUCAGCAAAGUCGGUGGACAUCUGUGUGAUGACAGUGCUGAAUGUCGCUAUGAACAGUCCGCCGUUUGCUCGAAAGCUUUAACGUACGAGAUUUAAAGCGUUGCGGCACUAUACGGCGUUGUUUUAUUGCUGUGGUAGUGAGCGAUGGGGCGACUAGGCACUCGGAACGACAGGAAGCGCAGCACUCUUGGUAGGAAUUCGUGCUACGUACCAUGAGUUAUUUGCAGUGACAGAUUCGGUGGCUCGAGAAAAAUUACGACUUCUCUAUUAAGCCACAUGUCAAACGCAGAAAUUCCCUUCGUGGGUUGUCGCUGAACUGGUUUCACCGAAGUACGCUGCAUUAAGAGAAACUUAAUAUCUACACAGCAAUAAGUUUUGCAAACUUAAGUGUGCUGGUUUGUUCAAUGGUGAACGUCAGCGGGUUCAAGCUGCGCCUGGGAUGAGGAAGCUGUAGUUAAAACAUUUGCUUCAAUUUCGACCAACUGGUGCGCACUGAAAAAUCAGAAAUGAAAAUUUGAGUGAUGUAUGUAGUUUUCGUAACGUCUGUUUACUGUUUAGUGCGCUUCUCUUGGUGUCCUCUUCACUCACCACAAACAAAGAAAAAAAAUAGCAAACUUUGUUUCUUCCUAUUAACGACUUGGUUUUACCCCCGAAAGGUGCAAGCCAUGUGACAGACGAGCGUCCUUAUAUAAGCAAAAUUUACACUUUGAACUGACGAUUAGAAGUAUGGGUUUUGGUUAGGCUCUCAAAUAUUUGGAUGAACUUGUCGAAAUAAAUUUUCAGAAAUGAACCCACGCCUUUUACUAAACACUAACUUCACGUCGAAGCGAUCACAAUUAUCUAAACGGCUUGUACUAAAAUGUCGAAAUCGUAAAAAUGUGCCAUAGAAUUGCUAGCGUCUAGCAAACAAAUUACUGGUAUAAUUGAGAGCAACGUAUCAUAUAUACACUUUUUGCGCUUUUCACAACCCAACUGAUGCAUUCCGCAGCAACGGAGGUACCUGUUUUAUUUAGAAUUUUAAAGACUGCUUUUUGUUUCUUGCUUUAUUUUCCUGAAAAUUUUCAAUUUCUGGCCACUUUUGCAAGAAACAUUUAUGGUGAGCUUAAAUGAAAGUCUCUUGUAAACAAUUGCUAGAUUUUGGAUUCUUCAUCUAAAUGCAACAAACUACAUUCAAAUCGGUCCGACGGUGCUGAAAGGAGAGCACGUGCGCGAUUCGCAAGUGUUCGAAUACCGAAGAUCAAAGGUGAAUAGUCCUGCAAAUCAGGAUGUGCUUGCUUUGAAAGGCCUUGGCAUAUGGCUUAUAGAUUGGAAGUGGACGUGCUAAAGAAAACGCAAUAAAAAGCAAAGCUUAUUGGCAGUAUUCACCAAGCUAGAGGAGGCAUCAAGGACGCUGCAUUUGAGCCGCUGUUGAGACUCGUGGCGUAAGCGAAGGAGAAAAUUCCAGGCAUUGGGUAUUGUGUAUCACACGUAUGCCUAAUUUCUCCUGUAAAAAUUCUCUGUCCUAACGUUCAUUUGUAAAUCAAUAUGACUGUACUCACAAAGUCGUCUCGAGGCAUCCAUGGGUAUUUGAGCUUUCUUGAGAAAGUGCGGUACAAUACUUUGAGGUUCUCCAGCGAGCCGUCGUGGGGGCGUCUGACGUUGCCGUUUUUUGCUGACCGUUCAACAAGGAGCACUAUUCAUAUGAGCUCUAAAGUCCAUCCUUUAGCUGAGAAUUUUCUUGGCACAUUAGAUGCCGCGACUUACAAUCCCGCCAAUUUCUCAACGCACAAAGCAAAUACAUUUAGCCGGCCCUCGCUUCAUUCAUCUUGGCCAACGACCGCCUGUUACGAAGUCAUGUACGAAGGUGCUACUAAACAGGACGCCGAGUAUUGUUCAUUCAAUUGAAGAAUGUUACCGCGUAUCUCUACUUGUGAAGAAAAACAACCCAAAAACCGUUUGUAUUUCCAUUGCCAAAAGCUAGCAUAAAAUAUGUUUGCCUACAUUUGAGGUUAUCUGCACAAGUGUGUUGUUUAUUCUUAUAUUUUGCAACCAAGUCGUGCACAAAAAAAGCAUAGAAAAGAUUGGACCUUCCUUUUUCAGUUGUUUUGCGUAGACUUACAUUUUUUAAAUGAAAUGUAAAAAAAAUGUAUUUUUUCUAAGACCUGUCAAUGCCCCGCCAGCUUCUCCAAUCUGUCC